CAAUCAGAAAGAAACACAAGGGCUAGUAUAACAACAUUUGAAAAAAACAACAAUACUGUAGUCUCAAAUGCUUUCUUCCAAGUGUCUCUUUUCACAAAGGCAGACACAGCGCCUUAAAAAACUUAAAACCAAAUUGAAGACAAGGGACAGGCUGGCGUUUUUUUUUUUUUUAAUUGGUUGUUUGCGUGCAAACCAAGCACUUCCUCAAUGUUGUAGUGGGAAAUGCUAUUGCUUUUGCUUUAUUGCCUAACGCUGUGGUUCUGCCUCCUGCGUCAUGAACAGGUCUGACCGAUACUCUUUUUCAUUUGUGAAGCGGGGCAGUAAAGACAAGACGUUAUGGAGUACGCGAAUGAAAACGCUGGGAUAGAACUACUGUUGGCUCACAUGAAUUUGGAGGAUUUUAUUGACGUUAUGGGAAAUCUUUAUCCACCUGAAGACACUGCAAUCUUUGAGGAGAGCUUGGUGUCAAUGACCCAAGAAGAAAUGGAUGACAUUGAGGAGACUGCCAGUUCAUUGCUGCUGGAUAAUGGCGAUGAUGACAAACCCAGUUUGCUGAGGGUCUGUAUGAAAUAUGGAACAGUUAAUGACUUGUUAUCUUUUGCAAACUGGGUGUCAAACACACCGCAGACUGCUCUUCAGCACCUGAAACAGGAGAUGGGUGUAGUGCUGAAUAAGAAGGACAUGGCAGUAAAGAACGGGCGCUAUCAGAUUGACUCAGAUGUGAUGCUGUUUCCAUGGAAACUGACCUACAGGAACAUUGGCUCGGAUCACAUUCCCAGGGGAGCUUUCGGGAAAGUCCACCUGGCUCAGGACACUCAGACGAGAAAACGAAUGGCAUGCAAACUGAUUCCUGUGGAACAUUUCAGACCAGCUGAUGUUGAAAUCCAAGCCCGGUUCCGCCACGAGAACAUUGCAGAGCUGUACGGAGCCCUGCUGUGGGACGAGUCUAUCCACCUGUUCAUGGAGGCAGGAGAAGGGGGUUCAGUCAUGGAAAAGCUGGAGAGCUGCGGGCCCAUGAGAGAGUUUGAGAUCAUCUGGGUCACCAAACAGGUUCUCAAAGCCCUUGACUACCUGCAUUCCCAUAAUGUUAUACACCACGAUAUCAAACCCAGCAACAUUGUGCUGAUGUCGGCAAAAGCUGUUCUGGUGGAUUUUGGACUCAGUGUGCAGAUGACAGAAGAUGUGUAUAUACCGAGGGAUCUUCGUGGGACAGAGCUCUACAUGAGCCCUGAGGUGGUCCUUUGCAGAGGCCAUACAACAAAGUCUGAUAUUUACAGCCUGGGUGCAACAGUCAUUCACAUGCAGACUGGCAGUCCUCCCUGGGUGAAGAGAUACCCACGCUCAGCCUACCCCUCCUACCUGUACAUUAUCCACAAGCAGGCCCCGCCUUUGGAGGACGUUGCUGAAGACUGCAGCCCUGCCAUGAGGCGGUUCCUGGAAGGAGCUCUGGAGAGGAACCCCCAUCACCGUCUGUGUGCAUCGGAGCUGCUGAAGGACGAGGCUUUACACCCUCCCAGAGAGGAGCAGCCGCGCUGCUGGAGCCUGGACUCGGCUCUCUGUGACAAAACCCGUCUGCUGCUGAGGCAGGAGUCCGAGCUGCCUGACACCACAAGUGGUUCUUCAAUAUGCAGCAAUGAGGAGUCAAUGGCCAUAAAGAGAAAAGGAUCUUUGUAUAUUGACCUGGGAGCACUGGCUGGGUAUUACAACAUUGUAAGAGGACCUCCAGCGUCUGAAUACGGCUAGCGGCACCCGCAGAGCCACCCUUCUGAACAAGUAUCUGUGAAGAUCUCAUUCACUGUACACUCCUGAGUCAGUGCUGUGGCAGUUAAACACUUCAGUUUUAUCAGCUGCCGUAGCUGGUAUUAGCACUGCUGUGUACCGCAGAAGAAUGAGGUUGAGUCACAAGUGAAACUGAUGUUAUUCCAAGUGAGGAACUGAGAUUGUGUCUAGGUGUAUGGCUUAUAUAUUUUCUACUUCUGCUUAAGAACGUUGUUGAAAAUAUUAUUUUGUAAAAUAUUAUCAGUAUAAAAAAACUCCACAGGACUAUAGGCACAUGUUAAAGAGAUUCAUGCUUGUAUGCCUGCAACUAAAACUACCAGUAAUUCAAACAAACUGGUAAACCAACAAUCUCUGGCUUGUGAUUACUAUGGUAAAUGGUAAUCCAGUCAUAUUUUACUGUGACAUUGAAUAUGAUUGUAGGACACUGUAGCUUAAAUAUGUGGGAAGGCAAUGAACUAUAAUAAAAAAUAAAAAAAAACUAAGAAUAAUAUAUACAAAUAUAGAACCAUUAUUGGCACAUUAUAGCCCGAUUUGGUUCUAGUACUGCUCAUGAAAAAUCUGUGAGCCUUUUUAAAUAUAAGACUCUUUAAAUAUUUGUAAUAGAAAACGAUGUGUGCUGUACUUUUAUUUUGGUUUAAUUUAGUUUGCUGAAUAUCUGUUUAUUCAGCAAACAGUGCUUCAGGCCUGUAAUAUCUGGUUAUUAUAUUCAGGCCUGUAAUAUCUGGUUUAUUCAGAAUGUAAGUUUGACUUAUUAGUGUCUCGUUGUUCCUAUGGAAACAGCCUCUGUGUUAGUGUGUAAUUGUUGUGUAGAUUACCAAAUGUUAUAUUUAACAUGCAACAUGUUUGUAUAAAGAAAUUUAUGAAUUUUAUAGCUUUGUACUGUACAUCCUAUUGGGUGGGAAUGUGAAUACUAUGCAUUGUUUAGCAUUAUUUCUUUAAAUACACAAUUAUGGACAAAAGUUUUGCAUCACCCUAUAGAAUUCGCUAAUUGUGCUUAAUAAA